AUCGUCUGCAAGAUGAGGGCUGCAGUUCUGCUGUUUGUUGCGGGGUUGUGUGUGUUGAACGUCACAUCUUCCCUGAAGAUCUGCGCUUUCAACGUUCAGAGCUUUGGUGAAUCAAAGGCCAACAACAAGAAGGUUAUGGGAAUUUUACUACAGAUUCUUUCUCGGUGUGACUUGAGUCUUAUUCAGGAGGUCCGAGACUCUAAAGGAGCAGCAAUACAAGCUCUGGUUAAAGCUCUUAACGGAUUUGACAAAUCAAACUCAUAUUCCUAUGUGGAGAGUGAAAGGCUGGGGAGGAAGACCUACAAGGAGCAGUAUGUCUACAUUUACAGAAACAAUGUGCUGACAGUCAAAGAGCACUACCAGUAUCCUAAACUUGAGGGAGAGGGAACCAAUGAAACUGAUGUUUUCUCCAGAGAGCCGUUCAUCGUCCGCUUUCACUCCCCCACGACAUUGGUGAAGGAUUUUGUCUUGAUUGGACAGCACACAUGUCCCAGAAAUGCCAUGAAGGAGAUUGACGAACUGUAUACUGUCUUCAAAGGAAUUCACAAAAAGUGGAAGACUGAUAAUGUGAUGAUCUUAGGGGACCUCAAUGCUGGCUGCAACUACGUCACCAUAAAGGGCUGGAGAACUGUGCGUUUGAGGAGUGACCCCAAAUUUUGGUGGUUAAUUGGAGAUGAGCAGGACACUACUGUCCGUCAGAAGACACACUGUGCUUAUGACAGGAUUAUUGUCCAUGGACGUGAGAUGAUUUCUAGUAUCGUGCCAGGUUCAGCUCAACCAUUCAACUUCAAAGAGAGUUUCCAUCUCACAGAGGAAGAGGCUCUUGAGGUGAGUGAUCAUUUUCCUGUAGAAGUUGAGCUGAAGACCGAAACAAGAACCCGCCAAAGUAACACAACACAGAAAUCUAACCGAGUCAAUCAAGUCCCGACAACAAUGUCCUCGCUAAGCGGCAAAUCAGCGCAGGAGAUCAGCGAGCUGCUGGAUGAGUACGGGAUAAAGCACGGGCCUGUGGUCGACUCCACCAGAAGUCUGUAUGAGAGAAAGCUGAAAGAGGCCAUGGCCAAAGGGAAAAGAGCCAAGCCGUCAUCUGACAAAACCUACUACAGAGAAGAGGAAGAGGAAAUCACCUAUGUUUACAGGACACCUCCCAGGAGUGAUGGUGCAGGAGACAGUGGGUCUUACCUGAGGUCUAGACCAGAGUGGAGUGAGAGGGACUUUGAACAUGAGACAGCCUACUCAGGCUACGCAAGGUCAAAGCCUGAAUACAGAGGACGGGAAUUUGUUGACAAGCCUUACAUGUACGACACGCCGUCCACUUACAGAAGUUCCUAUUUGAAUUCGCCACCCAUGAAAACUAAAGAAGCUCCAAAGACAGCGCCAGAGUCGUCUCGCCUCAUCCCUCUCUGGGUUCAGUUUGUGUUCUUCCUGGCAGUGGCCGUCUUCCUCUACUUAGUUUUUUCAAACAUGGAGACAAAUGAAUCCAUCAAAGUAAUAGAAUGAUGGUUUUAUAAUUUGUGUUCAGUUUAUGGGGAUAUUAUACUUUGUGCUUUUUAAUUGGAUGAAUGUAUUUUGGUCAAUGCCUUUACUUUAGACAUUGCUGAAAUUGGGAUUUAUGCAAUAUUUUUAUGCUUUAUAAUUGCAGUUUGAUGGUUUGCUUAUGUUAAUAGGUAAAAUUGUCACCCAGCCUUACUACAACAUUGCUCUUACAAUAGAUGAAGAGGGAAUUUUAAGAGGGCGUUUAGCUCAAAAAUACAAACUAAUCCUUCUUCCUCUCACCUCGACAUUUGCAGUGUGAUCCGUUGAAGUUUUCAUCAUCCUCAGCUCCUCCACAGCUCAGUGAAUCCACAGGUGUCUGGCCUACAGUGAUGCACGUGUCAAGAAAUUACAUUUGAAAAACUUGCUCCAAAUAUUACACCACAGUUGUACAUUAAAGAACCACAGAUCUUGGUUUCAGCAAUUUAAAGGCAUAGUUCAAAUUUUUUGAAGUGGGGUUGUAUGAGGUAUAUAUUACAUACAGUAGAUGUCAGUUGGCAUGCCCCACAUUGCUGAAGCAGAGUGGGGUCGGACAAGGAGGCAAAGCGAUUUACGGCUUGGAUGAGUCAGCAACAAAAUGCAUUUUAGCCACCUUUAAAAAAAAAACAAAAACAAAAACAAAACCUUUCCGUCAGACAGCCUGUUCCAACGGGAAAGCUGUAACAGCUUUAGCUCUCCGUCUAUGCUCUCGUCAAAGCCACAGUGGUAGACCAGCAGCUCCUGUGAUCAGCAAUGUUAAAUCACGGUUUUUCUCAGUUGAGUUUGACUUUGAAGAGAGCAGUAUAACAGCUGCAUUGUCUUUACAUAGUGUACAGACUUUGUUUUUAGGUGGCUAAAAUAAGGCUCCACAGCAGGGUGUUUCUUAGCCUCCAGCACAGGCACCAGCCAGCUUCUCUAAACUGGUGGCAUGCUGACUGACAUCCACUGUGGAUAACGCACCUUAUACAACCCUGUUUUGUUUUGUUUUUAUAAAAGAGCUAUCCCUUUGAGGUCUGUGGAUUAUGAUAAAAUGUCUCGUUUAAGAAGGGGCAUUCUUAUGUUGACUGUGAUUUUGUUAAGCACAUAACGCAUUACAAAAUGCUUCUGUUUUGAGGUAUCUACUCUAAGCUUCAGUUAUUCACAGUGACUGUCCGCCUGGGAAGAUGACUUUUUUAAUCAACAUCAUACAAUUAUUAAUGAGCAAUAUCCUUUAAUUUCACACCCAAAUUAGACAACACAAAUCUCUUAUUAGACUUAAUAGACAUUGUUUAUAUUUUAGAUUUCGAGGCAAAAUUUUCAUUUCACCAGAUUUUAUGAAAUAUUUUCUUAUUUUUCUUUGCACUAAAACACAUAGACCAGAAUGUGUCUAACACCUGGACAAAUUUUUCCUUUUUUCAGUGUUGAUUGUAAGGGUGUCUUUGGUUCUGUGUAUAUUGUUGAUAUGAGGAUUGAGUAAAUCCAUGCAUUUGAUAGAACCUUGGGGUACAACAAUGCUUCCUUUUGUCAGUUAUCAGAAAUCAUUAAAAUGAAGUACAGUUGGGACUGUUUGCAGACCAGCUGUAAUGCAAGUGCCUCAGUGGUUUUGUAGGAAUAAUCGGGAUUUUAUUAUUGAUGUUGUGUUUCAGUGUUUAAUAAGUAGUUAGAGAGACAUUUUAUCUCGGCUGAAAAUUUAAAAAUUGAACAAUUUAUAUGAGCUGUAUUGCCAUGUUUGUGCUUUGUUUCAAUAGAUAUCACUCAUUUGUACGACACAAAACAAACUUUACAUCCUGUAGAGUUUGAUGUGAUGUGUUUUAUAUUGCUGUUACAUAAUUCAAACUAUUAAAAAGCUUGUAUAUGUAAA